UGGCUGUGUUGGGCUUGCAGGUGGAACUGGAGCUGACCGUGAAGGAGCUGCCGCUCGGCCGGGGUGCACCACAGUACUGCACCGGGGUCCACGAGGAGGGCUGUGUUGCUGCUGGCUCACUGCGAGCCGCCUCCAGCCUGCGCCGAGUCGCCUUCCCGCCAGGCCGCCUGCCUGCCUCCGUCUUCCGCCUCCCUCCAUUUCCCCGGAAUCUCAACCCUGCGCGCCUGGACCCUGGCUCUCCUCUGGGUGGGGAAGCCCCAGCCCUUUUCCGGCUUUACUCCUUUCUCUCAGGCUGGCCUUCAAGCCUUCUCUCUCCUUUUCCUGCAGUGGGUCUCACCCUUUUUGAUCCCCUCUAGCACAGGUUCCUUAUUCCUUCCUUCCUUCCUGUUAGCCGAGUUCCAGCACCCUUGUGAUUUUCCUCGGCCAAAGGUCCCAGCCUUCCUUCAUCCUUUACCCUGCCGGUGCCCUCCUUCUUUAGGACGCGGUUUCCGCGAUUGCCUUCUCCCAGCCUGGAGUUCUAGCUCUCCCUAGUUCCUCCAAGGCACUUGUCCCUUACCCCACCCCCCACUUUUUUUUUUCCCAGUUUGGACUUUCAGAUUGUGAAUCUCUAGAAAACCAAAAUACCUCUUUAAAACAUGAACUUUUCCUAGAGACUUCUGCAGUCUCAUCCCACCUGCAGACUCCGUGCUACCUAUGUCCCAGGACUUACACUCACUUCCCUAAGGGCUGAGGCCUCGCAGGCUGAGGGAGCAGCAUGAUGAUUCGGUGGUCUGGCAUCUGGGGACUCUGUCCGCCUCGGAUCUUCCCCUCCCUGCUGGUGAUGGUUGCCUUGGUGGGACUGUUACCUGUUCUUAGGAGCCAUGGCCUGCAGCCGAGCCCCGCAGCCGGCACCGUCAGAGGGUCUGAACCACCACGGGAACGCUCAAUUGGGGAUGUCACCACUGCUCCAUCAGAGACUCUCCAACACCCAGACGACCGCAACUUGACCAAUUUACACAUUGAACAUGGCGUUAAGACACUUCGAAAGGCCUUUCCAGUCCUGGACAUUGACUACUUACACGUGCGCACACCCUUUGAGAUUUCCCUCUGGAUCCUGCUGGCCUGCCUCAUGAAGAUAGGUUUCCAUGUGAUCCCCACCAUCUCGAGCAUCGUCCCGGAGAGCUGCCUGCUGAUCGUGGUGGGGCUGCUGGUGGGGGGCCUGAUCAAGGGUGUCGGCGAGACGCCCCCCUUCCUGCAGUCAGACGUCUUCUUCCUCUUCCUGCUGCCACCCAUCAUCCUGGAUGCGGGCUACUUCCUGCCACUGCGGCAGUUCACGGAGAACCUGGGCACCAUCCUGAUCUUUGCUGUGGUGGGCACACUGUGGAACGCGUUCUUCCUGGGUGGCCUCCUGUACGCCGUGUGCCUGGUGGGCGGUGAGCAGAUCAACAACAUUAACCUGCUGGACACCCUGCUCUUCGGCAGCAUCAUCUCGGCCGUGGACCCGGUGGCUGUGCUGGCUGUCUUUGAGGAAAUCCAUAUCAACGAACUGCUACACAUCCUCGUCUUCGGGGAGUCCCUGCUCAAUGAUGCUGUCACUGUGGUCCUGUAUCACCUCUUUGAGGAGUUUGCCAGCUAUGAGUAUGUGGGCAUCUCGGACAUCUUCCUCGGCUUCCUGAGUUUCUUCGUAGUGGCCCUCGGUGGGGUGUUUGUGGGUGUGGUCUACGGGGUCAUCGCAGCCUUCACCUCACGAUUCACCUCUCACAUCCGCGUCAUCGAGCCGCUCUUCGUCUUCCUCUACAGCUACAUGGCUUACCUGUCAGCUGAGCUCUUCCACCUGUCAGGGAUCAUGGCGCUCAUCGCCUCAGGAGUAGUGAUGCGCCCCUAUGUGGAGGCCAACAUCUCCCACAAGUCACACACCACCAUCAAAUACUUCCUGAAGAUGUGGAGCAGCGUCAGCGAGACCCUCAUCUUCAUCUUCCUGGGUGUCUCCACUGUGGCCGGCUCCCACCAGUGGAACUGGACCUUUGUCAUCAGCACCCUGCUCUUCUGCCUCAUCGCCCGGGUACUGGGUGUGCUGGGCCUGACCUGGUUCAUCAACAAGUUCCGCAUUGUCAAGCUGACCCCCAAGGACCAAUUCAUCAUCGCGUAUGGGGGCCUGCGCGGGGCCAUCGCCUUCUCCCUGGGCUACCUCCUGGACAAGAAGCACUUCCCCAUGUGUGACCUGUUCCUCACCGCCAUCAUCACUGUCAUCUUUUUCACAGUCUUCGUGCAGGGCAUGACCAUUCGGCCCCUGGUAGACCUCUUGGCUGUGAAGAAAAAGCAAGAAACAAAGCGUUCCAUCAAUGAGGAGAUCCACACACAGUUCCUGGACCACCUUCUGACAGGCAUCGAGGACAUCUGUGGUCACUAUGGCCACCAUCACUGGAAGGACAAGCUCAACCGGUUUAAUAAGAAGUACGUGAAGAAGUGUCUGAUAGCUGGUGAGCGCUCCAAAGAGCCCCAGCUCAUUGCCUUCUACCACAAGAUGGAGAUGAAGCAGGCCAUCGAGCUGGUGGAAAGUGGAGGCAUGGGCAAAAUCCCUUCUGCUGUUUCAACUGUCUCCAUGCAAAACAUCCACCCCAAGUCUAUGGCAUCGGAGCGCAUCUUGCCGGCACUGUCCAAGGACAAGGAGGAGGAGAUCCGCAAAAUCUUGAGGAGCAACCUGCAGAAGACGCGGCAGCGGCUGCGGUCCUAUAACAGACACACGCUGGUGGCCGACCCCUACGAGGAAGCCUGGAACCAGAUGCUGCUCCGGAGACAGAAGGCCCGGCAGCUGGAGCAGAAGAUCAGCAACUACCUGACGGUGCCAGCCCACAAACUAGACUCACCCACCAUGUCGCGGGCCCGCAUAGGCUCAGACCCACUGGCCUAUGAGCCCAAGGCGGAUUUGCCUGUCAUCACCAUCGACCCAGCCUCCCCACAGUCACCUGAGUCUGUGGACCUGGUGAACGAGGAGUUGAAGGGCAAGGUCCUAGGGCUAAACCGGGAUCCAACAAGGCUGACUCGGGAGGAGGAAGAUGAAGAUGAGGAUGGCGUCAUUAUGAUGCGCAGCAAGGAGCCCUCAUCCCCAGGCACCGAUGAUGUCUUCACCCCUGCACCAAGUGACAGCCCCAGCUCCCAGAGAAUACAGCGCUGCCUCAGUGACCCAGGCCCCCACCCCGAGCCUGGGGAGGGAGAGCCUUUCAUCCCCAAAGGGCAGUAGGGCCAGGCCAGUGGGUGUCCCAUAGACUCUCCCACAGAGUGGGGGCUGGGAGCUCCCUUUGCCUCCUGACCUGGAUUGGUCCGGCCCCCUCCUACGCAUGGCAGCUGGGUCCACAGCCCCCACUGCAGCACGGCUUGCCCCUGCCUCCUGGGAAGUGUCCUCUCCCACCAGAACUGCCUUCCCAAUUCAUUCGGCAGAACAGCUGGGCUGGUGAGGCGGGCCGCCCCAUCUCUAGAUCCAGGCUCUCAUACUGGAACCAGGGCUCCACGAGGCCCCACCUUCCCGUAGUCCCCUCCUCAUCCAGACCAAUUUUCCAUCUUUGAUCAUCAUUUCUAACCAAAGAGCCACUGGCUCCACUGUGGUCCUACCAGGAAAGGAGGGAGCUGAACCUUCCUUGCCCUCGACUGGGCCCUCCUGUAUCAGAGGACAGCAGGCAUGUGGCUGGGAGACAGAUGGGUGACCCAAGGCAGACCUACGCUACGCCUGUCAGCCAUGGCACCCUGGCCAGCCACCUCACUCAGAGUCGCAGGCUAGGGGCACCUCAGAGCUCCUCUGCUGGGAACUGGGUUUUAAACAGUUGUGACUUGGGUGAUGGGGACCACUGGGCCUUUCUGGGGCUGCUGCAUGGGAGGGACCGUCCAAGGCGCCAGAAAGUGCUGCCUUUUUACAUUUUGUUUAUCCGCACCUCCAUGUAAGUAAGUACGACCCUGUUUGCACAGAGGCACUCCUGUUUGUAGACCCUUUGAGACCCUCCCUCCAGCCAGAGCUCCACCUCCUACCCUCCUCUUCCUUCCUGUUGUCUGACCCUGCCCCUAAAUCGAACCUCUGCCUGCUGGGCUCUUUUGCCCACGGCACUGAUUGAGACAUGGCCCACCUUGUGAUUCAAGCUCAUGAGCAAGGUGCCUUCUGGCACUGGCCUCGCUCUUGGGCCUGCCUUCCCUUCGCCGGUCUGUUCUACCACCGCCCUUAUCCAAACUACUCUUGCCUGCUCACCCAACUUGCAGUGAAGCCCAGCCCUGGGGACUAGACAUCCCCUGAGGGGCUCCUGUCCUGGCCAGGGCUGCUGCAGUGGACAGAGGACAGGGUCCCUAGAGGCCUUUGCUCGCAGGCACAUACUCCCUUCCGCCACCAUGGCUGGGCCCAAGCCCGUGGGUGUCUGUCCAACCCCCAAGCACUCCCUCCCCAGGACCGUGCAAUGGUCAGAGUGGCCCCCAGGACCGUGCAAUGGUCAGAGUGGCCCCCAGGACCGUGCAAUGGUCAGAGUGGUCCCCAGGACCGUGCAAUGGUCAGAGUGGUCCCCAGGACCGUGCAAUGGUCAGAGUGGCCCCCAGGACCGUGCAAUGGUCAGAGUGGUCCCCAGGACCGUGCAAUAGUCAGAGUGGUCCCUCCCAGGGGAUGGGGCCAUGGGUGCUUGGCCCAGCUGUCUCUUCUCCAUGCGAGUGCUGUUUUGGGCAGGAGUUGCCACGCAAGGUGACAUCGACAACCAUGUACAAAGCCACCGCAGCUGCUGCCGCUCUGCCGCCUGUACAAAAGAAACUGAACCUUUUUCAUAUUCUAAUAAAUCAAUGUGAGUUUUUUAA